UAUUGAACAAAGUAUUCCUUGUUCAGCUUUACCAAUUGAAUUACGUAUUUAUCGAUUUGAUACAGAAUUAUCCAUGGAUGAUAUUCCAUUUGAAUUAAAAAUGAAUGCAUAUAGUGGGAUGGUUAGUGCACCGCCUAGUAUUGCUUGUUUACAUUUAUUUCAUGAACUAUCGUUGGUAUUAUUUGCUUAUCAUCAAAAUUCUACUGUGACUACUAACCCAUGUCGUGAUUAUCCAGACAUAUUGAAAUUAUUAAUACAAAUUGUAAUACAUAGUAGUAGAAAAUUACAAUUAUUAAGUGCUAAAUUUUAUUCACCUGAUUUACGUACUUAUCUAGAAACAGGUAAUUGUAAUGAUUAUCCAUUAUUAGAGCGACUAUUUUCAAUAAAUCAACCAUCUACAGAAUGUCCGGCUGCUUUAACAAAUGACGAAUACAUUAAUCCAAUAUCACCUGAUGAUAAUACCAUAGCAUGUAUAGAUGAUUUACAAAAAGGUAUUACUUAUAAAUCAUGGCCAAUGGAUUGUGUUAGUUUAGUUCAAGUAUUAAGUUGUGCUGUAAAAUGCUUGUUAAGCGGUUUAUUAACACGUGAAAUUACCACCACGGUUUAUCAAACACAAAUGGAGAAAUAUUUAUUUUUGGAAUUAUUAGAAUCAAGCGAUUUUGCUAAAUUGUUUGAUUGUAUCAAACUGAAAUCUAUUGAUAAUUAUAUAAAUUUUACACCGGAAUGGAUUAAUACAUUGAAGAAUUUAUACACUUCAUCUGAUAUAUUUGAUCAUUCCUAUUCACAACAACAACCAAUGUUACAACAGAAUAAUAUGAAUAAAACAAAUUGGUGGAAUUCAGCUUCGACUGAUGAUAAUGAUGAUCAGCAAAGA